UAAUCCAACCAAUCAAAUCCUCCCAAACACACAACAAAAAUCAGUCUGUAAUUAACAUUUUAUACUAUUACUUUAUCAAUUUAACCAACGCCAGCCAGACAGACAUUCCCAUAAAAUCAGAAUCUUUCUAGAAAAAAAAUUCUCACCUUCUUCUUCGUCUUUCAGUUUCUAAAAAUGGCGGAUUCACAAGAAUCACUAAACCCUAAAACCCUCAGAAGAAGAACCCACUCAACAACUAGUAGUAACAAGAUUGAUACUGUCGGUGUUAACGAAAUUGAGAAGGAUCCAACGGUGAAUUUGGAUUCCAGUGAUGAAGAUAGAACUAAUUUGGUUACUAACCAAGAAUCUUUACUUAAUGCUGAUUCUUCUUCUUUGAUUAGUAAUGGAGAAGAAGAAAAUGAGAGUGGGGAUGGUGGGGGUGGGAGAAUUAGGGGCGGAGGUGUUGUUAGUGGUGGUGGCGGUGGUGAUUGUGGUGGAGAAAGAUCAACCAAUUUUGCUGAGAAGUAUAUGUACAGGGCAUCAGCUCCAGCUCAUAGAAGAGUCAAAGAAAGUCCUCUUAGUUCUGAUGCCAUCUUCAGACAGAGUCAUGCUGGAUUGUUCAAUCUCUGUAUUGUUGUGCUGGUCGCAGUCAACAGCAGGCUUAUUAUUGAGAACUUGAUGAAGUAUGGGUUACUAAUUGGAUCUGGAUUUUGGUUCAGUUCUACAUCACUGAGAGACUGGCCACUUUUCAUGUGCUGUCUCAGCCUACCUUUAUUUGCGGUUGCUGCUUAUAUGGUUGAAAAGCUAGCUAAAAAUAAGCUUGUUUCAGAACCUGUUGUAGUUUCUCUUCAUGUACUAAUCACCACAGCUUCAAUCCUGUACCCAGUUUGUAUGAUUCUCAAGUUUGAUUCAGCAGUUAUGUCUGGCGUCACACUAAUGCUUUUUGCUAGUGUUGUGUGGUUGAAGUUGGUGUCAUAUGCACAUACAAAUUAUGAUAUGAGGGCGCUUUCCAAGUCCAGCGACAAGGGUGACAUGUCUUCAAAUUCAUCGGAUACAGAUAACUUCUACAAUGUUAAUAUCAAGAGUCUGGCAUACUUCAUGGUGGCUCCAACUUUAUGUUAUCAGACAAGUUAUCCCCGUACAACAUGCAUUAGGAAAGGCUGGGUGACGCGACAAUGCAUUAAACUGGCAAUUUUUACUGCAUUUAUGGGGUUUAUUGUAGAACAGUAUAUCAAUCCAAUUGUCCAGAACUCCCAACAUCCACUGAAGGGGGAUCUCUUAUAUGCUAUAGAGAGGGUGUUGAAGCUAUCAGUUCCGACUUUAUAUGUGUGGCUCUGCAUGUUCUACUGCUUUUUCCACCUAUGGUUUAACAUACUUGCCGAGGUCCUUCGUUUUGGUGACCGUGAGUUUUACAAAGAUUGGUGGAAUGCAAAAACAGUUGAAGAGUAUUGGAGAAUGUGGAAUAUGCCUGUGCAUAAAUGGAUGGUUAGGCAUAUUUAUUUUCCAUGCUUAAGGAAUGGGAUACCUAAGGGAGUUGCUGUUGUGAUUGCGUUCUUCAUCUCUGCUAUAUUCCAUGAGCUCUGCAUCGCUGUUCCGUGCCACAUAUUCAAGUUUUGGGCCUUCAUAGGAAUAUUGUUCCAGGUUCCCUUGGUUCUAUUGACAAAUUACCUGCAAAAUAAAUUCCAAAACACCAUGGUGGGAAAUAUGGUCUUUUGGUUCUUCUUCAGUAUUCUUGGUCAACCAAUGUGUCUUCUACUGUAUUAUCAUGACGUAAUGAAUCAGAGAGUGAGAACCCCUUAAACUUCCUAAUUUUUCUUACUACAAGAUAUGAUACGUGUCGUGUAGGAAGUUUUCCAGUUCUCUUGGGAUUCAAAAAUGUGCAAGUUCAAGGGUAUUUCCACUCUAGUUCUGUCAAUUGAUGCAUUCGCUAUGUCAUUGCUCAUUAUCCAUCGUAUUUCAAGCCCGACUGCUGUAUACCCUUGCUUGCCAUCGAAGUUAUAAACAUCAGCUCAGCUCAACAUCUCAAGCUAGAAUCCCCAUCUGUAGGUAAAUACUAGUAUCGACAGCAGCGUUCAUUUGAUAUUGUUAGCUCUGUAUAUUAACUCUGUAAUAUUCAUUAGAACAUUGUUUAAUAAAAGUUUUGCCCCCUUAUUAGUCUUAGCGA